UAAAAAGAGGCUCUCGCUGGCGUCGCAAUAAAGCCUUCGAAAAAUCUUUGAGGAAGAAAUUAGUCAUACCUUGUCUUUUCAGAUAGAAGAAGAAGAUAUGGAGGAUCCAAGGACAGAAGUCAUUCAGGCAUGGUACAUGGAUGAAAGUGAUGAAGACCAAAGACUUCCUCAUCACCGUGAACCCAAGGAAUAUGUGUCUUUUGACCGACUCAAUGAACUUGGAGUCCUUAGCUGGCGUUUAGAUGCAGAUAACUAUGAGACUGAUGAGGAAUUGAAGAAGAUUCGUGCAGAACGUGGAUAUACCUAUGUGGACUUCUGCGAUUUGUGCCCAGAAAGGAUGCCAAAUUAUGAACAGAAGAUAAAGAAUUUUUUCGAAGAACAUCUUCACACCGAUGAAGAAAUUCGUUACUGUGUGGAUGGAAGUGGGUAUUUCGACGUCAGGGAUGAAAAUGAAAAGUGGAUACGUGUCUGGGUAAAGAAAGGGGGAAUGAUUGUACUGCCUGCGGGAAUGUACCACCGUUUCACUCUUGAUUCUGACAACUACAUAAAGGCAAUGCGACUUUUUGUUGGUGAACCAGUGUGGACUCCGUACAACCGUCCUCACGAUGAGCUUCCUGCUAGAAAGGAGUAUUUGGACACUUUCAUUAAGAAAGAAGCUAGUAACCAUGCUGUCAAUGCUGCAGCUUGAAUCUUCAUUUCCAUACCCUUUCUAAUCUUCAUAAUAAUUUAAAACCCUAUGGAUACUUUGUAUUACCACCUGUUGUAUGGCGUGUAUGUUUAUGAAUGCUACAUUGGGGUUGAGAAGAUCCAACUGUUCUUUGAACAACUGGACUAUAUAUACGAGCUUAAUGACUUCAGAAGAGAUCCUGUGUUUUUUGUCUGGUUUAAUGAUACAAGUAUGAGUUACUUGUAUGUUCAUGAUUCUGAAUAGAUCUGUUUGCAUUUUUCUCGUCAA